AUGGCCUCAGAAGAGUCACCUUUGCUUGCGACAGAUCGGGAUGCGGUUUACCGCCGAUUCUCCCCUUUCAGAAAACGGGCUAUCGUAGCGAUGGUGUCAGGAUGUGGGGUGUUACCCAUGUUCGUAACAGGCACCUUUACGCCUUCAAUACCACAGAUCGCGAAGGAUCUUGACUCGUCAGGAGCGGUUGUAAAUUUAGCAGUGAGCUUGUCUGCGUUUGGUACUUGCGUUGGAGGCUUAAUUGGCGGAUCCUACUCCACGUUUUACGGACGCCGAGCUGUGUACAUAUGGGCACUUCCUUCCCUCGUUUUAGGGUCUUUGGGUGUGGCGACGGCACCGAAUAUCCCGUCGUUACUAUUCUGGCGGUUCUUUCAGUCCGUGGGAGCUGCUCCUGCCCUCGUCAUCGGAGCAGGUGUGAUCGGGGACAUAUACAAGCUAGAGGAGCGCGGGAGAGCUAUGGGGUUAUUCUUCGCAGCGUGUCUUCUGGGACCAGCAAUCGCGCCGAUAGCUGGAGGCAAGUUAGGCCGAGUUGGAGCGAUACGUAUUCUGAUUUCAGCAAAAGGUUCUGCGGCGUACUACUUCUCCUGGAGAGCUAUGCAAGCAGCUCUGGGGGUUAUCGGGCUCUUGAUGUGGCUCAUGAUGUAUUGGCUCUUUCCCGAAACCAGCCAACCGGGAGCCAGGGGGAUUGACCAACUCGAUACUGAUGAUCCUAAGCGACAAAAGCUGGUGUUUAUCAACCCCUUGCGCCCUAUGUGGCUCCUGCUGAGUCCAAAUCUAUUCUUAAUUUCGCUCAUCUUAUCCGCGUCUCUUAUCACUGUUUUCGUGCUGCUUGUCCCACUGGCUUAUACUAUUGGCGCCCGUUAUCAUAUUCCCAACGAAGCUAUAGUCGGAGCCUGCUUCCUUCCAGCCGGCCUUGGAAACAUAACCGGAGCGCAGAUUGCGGGGUACAUCUCUGAUAGGACUGUUAUUCAAUGGAGGAAAAGACGUGGAGGGGUUUGGUACCCCGAAGAUCGCCUUCGAGCGUCCCUAAUUCCUUUCGCGGUCGUUGUCCCAACUCCCCUCUUGUUAUUUGGCCUCUUCAACCAAUACGUGGACGGCACUCCAGGCCUUGUCUUAUGCCUCGUAUGCCUAUUCGUUAAUGGCAUCGGGGUCGAGAUGGCUUGGGGACCAUGUGCAGCAUAUAUCGUCGAUGUGCUUCAUUCACGCAGCGCAGAAGCUUUAGCUGCUAACGGAGGACUGCGCUCUGUCUUAAUGGCUGUCGGAAUCGCAGCCGUCCUACCCAUGAUCAACACGUACGGUAUUUUCGUGACCAACGCUGUCUGUGCGAUCCUCGUUUGGAUUGCCUUUGGGGUCCUUGUGUGUAUCAUUCGCUACGGGGAUCAAUUGAGAGCCUACAAAGACGUAGGCUUCUCCACUGCAGAGAACAAUUAA